GCCAUGAGGUUCCAGGCAGUUCUCUUCUUGAUCUCCGCAGCGGCUUUUGGCCCAGCCAGAGGGAACCCUGUCUUGACUGAUGAGGAUAUUCAAGUCCAGGAGAAUUUCGACGAAGAGAUGUUCUAUGGAAAAUGGUAUGAAAUUGCUGUCGGCUCAACCUGCCCCUGGAUGAAAAAAUAUAAGGACCGAUACACUAUGGGGACAGUGGUUGUGGAGCAGGGUCAGUCGAACAAGGAGAUCAGCAUGACAUCCACAAGACUCAGGCAAGGUAUCUGCUCUCAGGUCACCGGAGAAUACCUGAAGACCGACAUUCCAGGGAAACUCACCCACUAUAAUCCAAAAUGGGGUGUGAAUAUUGAGAGCUUUGUGGUUCGCACCAAUUACGACGAAUAUGCCAUCUUCGUGAUGAAGAAGAACAGCACCUAUGGAUUGACCAUCACAGCCAAGAUUUAUGGAAGAAGGCCGGAGCUGAGAGAGGAUCUCAUGGCUGAGUUCAGACAGUUUGCUCUGGAUCUGGGAAUCCCUGAAGACGCCAUCAGCAUUCUGAUUAAUAAAGGCAAAUGUGUUCCUUCUACAGCUGAACCUCAACCACAGCCGAGAGUUCGAAGAGCUACCGGUGCUUUGUUUGAGGAAGAAGGAUCUGCAGAUGGGUCGUUGAACUCCAUGGCAGGCAAUAAAGAAGAUUAUUGCCGACAGACGGCGGAUGCUGGCCCUUGCCUGGGCAUGGUUUCUCGGUAUUUCUACAACUCCUCUUCUCAGACAUGCGAGACCUUCCUUUAUGGGGGCUGCCUUGGAAAUGACAACAAUUUCCACACCGAGAAGGCCUGUCUUCAAACGUGCAGGACUGAGGCAUCUUGCCGGCUCCCCAUCGCCCCUGGAGGUCCUUGUGGCAUGACAUACUGGGCCUUUGACGUAAACCUGGGCAAAUGUGUGACCUUUGAAGGGUGUGGGAGCAACGGGAACAAAUUUUACCAUGAAAAAGAAUGCAAAGAAUAUUGUGGGGUCCUCUCUGACGGGGAUGAAGAGUUUCUCCACCUGUCGCCACCGAAGACUAAGUAA